AUGGACUAUAGAUCAACUGUGACAAAACCCCAAACAUAUUCAGGGAAAAUUACAGAGAACGUGGUACAAUAUUUUGACACAUUUGAGCGCAUUGCAAAAGCAAACCAAUGGGGGGAAGCCGAAAAACUAAUUAUGAUACCAUUAUAUUUAAGGGACCAAGCAAUAAAAUUAUUAGAUAGAAUAGAAAAUAAAAGUCCAAUUCUAACAUGGGAAAUAGUAAAAAACGAUUUUAUAAAUCAUUACAACUCUGAAGAUCAAAUUGAAAUGCCUAGAGAAAAUUUAUAUAAACAAACCAAACACGUAGAUGAAAAUAUCCAAGAUUAUGUAUUAAAAAUAUUAUCAGAAUGUAAAAGGCCACAUAACGAACAGAACGUAGAUUCCGCAAUGAAAAAUGAAAUAAAUGAAUUAAAAGAAACGGUCAAAUCAUUAAUGAAUAACACACCCCAAAAAUCAACAGUAAAUAAAAAUAAAAAACAUUGCACAUAUUGUGGUUUAAAUAAACACGAAGAGUUACAAUGUUAUAAAAAAGCCAAUAAAGAUAAAAUGUGCACAUUCUGUGAACUUAAAUUCCAUACCGAAGACAUAUGUUACAAAAAGCGCAACCAAAACAAAAUUCAAACACAACCAGAAAAUAACUAA